ACACGCUUUCUGAUCUCUAAGAAUUAUUGACACGAUUUUAAUGACAAGGAAGAUUUUGUUUGACAGAUAAAUGCGCUGUGUUUCGAUAAACCACACAAGGAACAGAGCAAACGUUUUUUUUUAAUCCUGGUUUGUGUUUGCCACGCUUUCGUGGUCAGAUGCUUCUUGUCCUUGCGGUGCCAACAUCUGUGGGGCGAUCCUGAGCCGCUUGCGCGUGCUGUGCGACGCCCGAGCGGCAUGACGUCAUAGUGUUUGCCUGCCGUCCGCCGCCGCUGCUCUCCCCACUGGCGCCCCCUUGCGGGCGGACGGGCGCGGCCGCAGCAGCGCACUGAGAAGUGUCGGCGUUAUCCUUGAGAAGUAGCUCGGAGCUCGAGAUCGAGGUGGAGAUUUAUUUUGAAACCUGACGCGCAGUAAAUUAAACUUCUUCCUGUAAGUGGACAGUACAACUGCAACCCUGCAUUCUAAACAGGAAAUAGAGUUCUCCGCUAUGAGCUGCGACAUGGACGACAUGGAGAACCAGCUGGAACUGGAGGAGAAGACGAGACUCAUCAACCAGGUUCUGGAGCUGCAGCACACGCUGGAAGAUCUGUCUGCAAGGGUGGAUGCUGUGAAGGAGGAGAAUCUGAAGUUGAAGUCGGAGAACCAGGUGCUGGGACAGUAUAUCGAGAACCUGAUGUCGGCCUCCAGCGUCUUCCAGACCACCGACACAAGGAGCAAGCGGAAGUAAGGGAUGGGCCCCCAACACUAACUGCCUAGUCCUUGGGGGCCCCCUAUUACGAAAGCCUAGUCUCUGGGCCCCCAGUAUGAAUCGACUAGCCCCUGGGGCACCCCAAAGCAAAUUCCCAAGUCCAUGGGCCCCUGAAUAUGAAUUGCCCAGUCCCUGGACCCACAGAAUAUGAACCACCUAGUCCCUGGGCCCUCCCAAUACGAAUCGCUUAGUCCCUGGACCCACCAAAUACGAAUCACUUAGCUGCCCAAUACGAUUCACCUAGUCCCUGGACCCACAGAAUAUGAACCACCUAGUCCCUGGGCCCCCCCAAUACGAUUCACCUUGUCCCUGGACCCACAGAAUAUGAACCACCUAGUCCCCGGGCCCCCCCAAUACGAAUCACUUAGCUGCCCAAUACGAUUCACCUAGUCCCUGGACCCACAGAAUAUGAACCACCUAGUCCCUGGGCCCCCCCAAUACGAAUCACUUAGCUGCCCAAUACGAUUCACCUAGUCCCUGGACCCACAGAAUAUGAACCACCUAGUCC